AUGGUAUUUGGUGAUUUUGAAACCUCUUUCAAGACAUUGCCCCGAUACAUGGCUGCCUUAAAAUAUUUCAAUCCGGGGACCGUUGUUGAGUGGGCGCACCAAUCAAGUAUAAUGCAAGGUGAACACAUCUUCAAGUUUCUUUUCUGGACUUAUAAACCAAGCAUCGAUGGAUUCAAAAGUUGCAGGCCUGUCAUCUCAAUAGACGGCACUCAUCUGUACGGUAAGUAUGAGAUGAAACUGCUAAUUGUUGUUGGAAUUGAUGCGAACAAUAACAUUUUUCCACUUGCAUAUGCUAUUGUUGCACGUGAGAGCUUUGAGUCUUGGACGUGGUUCCUUGUGUUGUUGUGGAGACAUAUUGUUCGUGAGAGACAAGGAAUUGGACUUAUUUCUGACCGUCAUCGGGGCAUCUUGCAAUGUGUCCAAACACAUGAUUGGUUACAACCACCAUCCACACACCAUAGGUUUUGCGUUCGGCAUUUGAAAAGCAACUUCAAUAAAAAGUUUCUCAACAGUGACCUUGAGAAGCUAAUGUGGUUGGCGGCUAUAGAGCACCAGAAGAAGAAGUAUAAAAUGAGGAUGGAACAAAUCAAAACAAUGUCACCUCCAGCGCAUCUGUGGUUAAAAUCUCUUCCGGAGGAGAAAUGGACAUUGCAUAAGGACAACGGUCAUAGGUGGGGGGCUAUGACAACGAAUGUCUCCGAGUCUUACAACGGUUUAUUGAAGAAAGCUCGUGGAUUGCCCGUUACUGCCAUGGUCCGUUAUACGUUUAAAAAUCUUGUUGAUCGGUUUGUUGAGAGAAGCACCCUUGCUGAUUUGUUGAUUGCGGAUAAAAAGUUUUGGCCGCGCGCUGUUGAAAAGAAGUUUGAUGAAUACUGGGAGAGGUCCCUAAAGCAUACUGACAUGCAGCAAUACAAUGCAACUAAAGGGGUCUUUGAGAUUCUGACAUUUGCACACGAAGGUAAGGGCGGAAAUAUCCAUAAAGUCUCUGCCGAAGGAAAAAAGUGUUCGUGUGGGAAGUGGAGAAACUACCAUAUGCCAUGUUCACAUGCAAUUAAAUUUUGUGAUAUCCGCGGAAUUCAACCAAAGGACUAUGUUAGCAAGUACUACAGUUGCAGGUUUUAUAAGCAAACGUACAGUGGAAAUUUUUCACCAUUGGGUGAUGAGGCAUAUUGGCCACCUUCUCCCUUCAGUUUACUUGCAAACACUGAAUACUAG